AUCAUGCUACGCCGGGAACUGCACGGCUCCUCGCAGGAAAUAGGCAGCUCACCCUGCCACCUGUGCACACAUUUUUCUUCAAUGUAUAGUUCCUCGGCGCGCCUCUGGCCGUUUCCCGGAGCUCUUCAAUCCCAGAAGCUACAGCACAACGGCUGAAUAGCCAAGACCCCCGGGGAGGCGUGGCUUCAGCCGGAAGAAGCUCCUGUUGCCAAGGGAACGGUGCCUGCCAAGGCGCCUGCUCAGCGACUGAUGCACAGGCUGCUGCAGAGGCUACCGGUUUUCCCAACUUGUAGAGGCAGGCGGCUUUGCUCAUUACCAGGCAUCCUUCCCAUGUAGGCAUAGAGAAGAAGGCUGAGGGACCCUCGCACCAGAUUUCCAUCCCAGAGACCGAUACGAGUGGGUCCAUUCCUGUUACCAGCUCCUGCGCCUUCCGGACUAACCUCAAAAACCAGCUGGUUUGUAAAUAUUUGAGUCACAUUAUGGGAUUGCUAGACAGACUUUCAGUCUUGCUUGGCCUGAAGAAGAAAGAGGUUCAUGUUUUGUGCCUUGGGCUAGAUAAUAGUGGCAAAACGACUAUCAUUAACAAACUUAAACCUUCAAAUGCUCAAUCUCAAAAUAUCCUUCCAACAAUAGGAUUCAGCAUAGAGAAAUUCAAAUCAUCCAGUUUAUCAUUUACAGUGUUUGACAUGUCAGGUCAAGGAAGAUACAGAAAUCUCUGGGAACACUAUUAUAAAGAAGGUCAAGCUAUUAUUUUUGUCGUUGAUAGUAGUGAUAGAUUAAGAAUGGUUGUGGCCAAAGAAGAACUCGAUACUCUUCUGAAUCAUCCAGAUAUCAAACACCGUCGAAUUCCAAUCUUAUUCUUUGCAAAUAAAAUGGAUCUUAGAGAUGCAGUGACAUCUGUAAAAGUGUCUCAGUUGCUGUGUUUAGAGAACAUCAAAGAUAAACCCUGGCAUAUUUGUGCUAGUGAUGCCAUAAAAGGAGAAGGAUUGCAAGAAGGUGUAGACUGGCUUCAAGAUCAGAUCCAGACUGUGAAGACAUGAAAAGAUAAUAGUUGGAAACCUCUGCAAUUUUCAUUUCAAGGAAUCUAUCUAAGGCAAACAGAAUACUUUACAUUUUGUAAAAGAUGUAUAUGCAUCAAAAAAUAUAAUUUUCUGCUUGCAUUUAUGGACUCUCAAUGACCUUUUUAAGAACAUGGGACUUCAGGUAUGCUAAUUUGGCCAUUAAUUAUUUAAAAACUGAAUAUUCCCUCAAAAGGGCUCCCUAAAAUUAUCAACUUCUUAGUGAAGGUCUACAUUUGAUUGUAUGUAGAAUGUCUAAAAGUCAGAGUUAUAAGCCCAUCAUAAUUUAUGAUAUGUUCAAUAUAUUUUAUUUUUUAAUUCUCUUUUUAAAAAAUUUAGUUUAUGACUUUGCAGUAUGAAUUGUGCUUGUGAAAAAGAACUUUAAAUAUUUAUAAGGGACCAUGGGUAAUUAAUAUAUAUUCAAUUUUUACUAUGUGUCACCAUCAAUAAAAUGUAAAAU